AGCGAACCGCGAAGCACAACAACUACAAGUACUACCAUUGCUACAACCACUACUAGCACGAAUACGAAUACGAAAAGCCCUACCACAUCAUUCUCUUCAACCACUUCCAUUAGAACUUCUUCUCAGACUGUUAGUACUUCUAAACAGACUAAUACAGUUACCACAACAGCAUCUACGGCAGCCGCUCUUGCGUCUGCGUUGUCGGCUUCGAGUGCAGCGUCGGCGUCAUCUAACUCGCCCAGUAGUACGAAUACUGGCAGUUCUACAGAUACUGGCAGUUCGUCUGUCACCAGUACUGCUGCUGCACCAACGCCUACCGCUGUACCAGGGGAGAGAGAGAUUAAAAGAAAGCUCUGGGAAGGGAGGGUCCUUUUAAACAUGCACAAACUGAAAAUCGGUCAUCACCAACCCUGGUUAUGGGUUCAAAAGAUGGCUAAAAGUCCUGUCAACUUCCCUGUCGACAAUCCGGUUACUUUUGCCUAUGGUUUCGCCAAUACUAUGCCGUCUGAUCUCUAUGAGGUCUUCUCUGUGACUACAUCGAACAAUUUGAUGAACACGUUUGGAUACUUUGGUGUAGUGAGGUUUGAGGUGCUCAAUGAAACAGCCGUUGUUUAUCAUCCUGAGAAGAACAUUUCGAGUUUCCGUAGCGCCGUUUAUAACGAUUAUGGUUAUGGAGCUAUACCUGGAACCCCAAUGAGUUCAGAUUCACAAGUUCUGAAAGCCCUGACGAGUGUUGCCAAUUCUGAUAAGGUGUACGAGAAUUCUCUCAUUGUGUUCUGUCUCGACAAACUACCCAGAAAACCAGAUUAUCAACAGUACGCCACAUUGGUCAGCAAAAACGUGAAAACCGUGUUCCUGAUAGAUCUUACAUCGCUAACUCGAGAACUUAACUUCAUGAGAACUGCUGCACCACUGAACGAAAUCGCUGCCGCUACUAAUGGACACUUGAUCGUCAGUGAUCAGAGGAAUACUUCGCAAUUUGAAGAUCUUUUGAAAAUAAUCUAUGCAAGUGGGCCAUCACAGUCACUAUUAUUUGCGAGAAGUAUGCGAUACAUGGCAGGAACAACUAGUCUGGGUACACUGCCCAUCAAUGAGAAUGUGCAGGUGACGAUCACCGCAACUAAAUCCGUGUACGGUAAGUGA